CAAACAACAUCGCGAGAUCGAGAUGCCACACCGACCAUUACAGGGAGAUAAAUUGCUGAUUUCUCGUUUUUCUUUCGUCUCUUUAUGGGUGCAUGGAAUGAGUUUGAUUCGUACGUCUGAAAGGAACCAAACAUGAGCUUUGGACCAAGAUCGGCCUAGUUUUUGCCAAGGACAAAAGAACCAUUGAUUGAAUUCUUCAAGUUGUUGGCGAUGCGCGUCAUCGUCAUUCAUCACUUCCUGUGUCUGAUAUUCCGAAAAGAAAGUAGUGUACGUUCCUUGGAGUCUUCCUUCAUGUGAUUGAUUUGUCAAUGAAGUUCACCUGCCGUUGGUAAGGUGCUAGGACUAAUCAUGAGUCGCGUGCCGAUCAGCAGCUCUCCCAAACACUCCAGCGACGUACCACGUCGCUCCCGCUCUACCAAGUCAGAUGGUCACAGCUCUAACAGUCUCGGAUCAUCCAGAGAUGGAUCCAAGGGUAGAUCGAGCGGUAGCCCCACCCCGACGCCCAGCAUCCAUCCCAACCAGCUGGAGGACAAAGAAGAGCUGCGAUUGCGGGAGCUCGAGGAAGCCCGCGCCCGGGCAGCCCAGAUGGAAAAGACAAUGCGAUGGUGGUCAGACUGUACUGCCAACUGGCGCGAGAAGUGGGGCAAGGUGCGAGCGGAGAGGAACAAGGCAAGGGAAGAGGUUCGACAACUCAGGAUCAAGCUGGAAGCGAUCGCCAAAGAGUCAACGGCGCUCAAGAGAGAGAAACAAGAAGUCACCGGCGAGAAUGAGAGACUGCGGAAGGCGUUGGAGCGAGAACAGGACAGGAAUGCUCUGCAGAUUCAGAGCCCCAUGAGCGAAGGAAACCCAGAUUACCUCCCGGAGAAAGAUACGAGCAGUCCGCCGGGGCUGACAACGAGUCCAAGACAAGCCAGCGGGAACUCUCAAGAUAUUGACUUCAUUAAGAGCGUCUUGCAAAAAGGACAAAUGAACAACCACCUAGAGUCGAACUCGGGACCGACUCAGAAAGCUCAGGAAUAUCAUCCCACCGAAAAAGAACAGAGUCCCAAACACCACUCCCACCGCGGCACUCCUAUUGGGAGCCCCACCCAUAAACCAAGCAUCGGUAGUAGUACCGAGAACGGUGCCGUGACCACUAACGGGAAGCAGGUCGAGAAUGGCAGCCAAACAACUCAGUCGGACAGCUCGUCGUCGAUGAAGAGUCCGAGUCGGAAAGUGAAGGAGCUGCCGUCACCAACCGAUGAAAUUGUCAGUCAGAGGAUGUUGAUGCUGGAAUUGAGAAUGGAGGAAGCGUCAAAGACCAUCCAAGUAGAAAGGGACGAGAAGGAUACGCUGAGUAUGCACAUGGACAGGCUACAAAAGGAACUCAGCACGCUCAGGAAUGAUCAUGAAGAGCUACGAGACGCUAAGCAGAAAGUGGUCAAAGAGUUAAAUCUGAUGCGAUCAGAGCACCAGCGAGAGUUGGUUCAGGUGACCUCUGACCUUGACGAGGAGUUAAACUCGAGAUCCCACAUGGACAUAAGGAUCUCCGAUAUGAGAAAAGAGCUUGAGAGGCUUCAGGCAGAGAACGCCCUUGAAUGGGGCAAGAGGGAACGACUGGAGACGGAGAAGCUGUCUCUAGAGAGAGACAGCAAGAAACUGAAGGCAGAGAUUGCCGAUCUGAAGGAGCACCUCGCUAAGAAGAACAAACAGGUCGCUGCCGAUCUACAGAUGAAUGUCAGAGCCUUAGAAGUAGAGCUUCAAGGGAAAAACAAGGAAUUAUCAGAGCUGAGGCACAGCCAAGGUAAACUAAAAAAACUGAUGCAAGAGAAGAGUGCAGAGUUGGAGCACACACUGAGACGAGCCGAGCAACAUGAGGCAGAGGUGAAGAAACUCAGAGGGAGAGUGGAUGAACUCAAGAGAGAGCUGGCCAAGGCGGAAGAUGAGGUUGAUCAGCAGAGUAAUAUGGUGAGGAAGCUGCAGAGAAAUCUAGAUGAGAAUCAACAAUCUAGUGAGAAUCUGUCUGUGCAGGUAGAACAUCUCCAGGCAAGACUCAGAAACAUGCCGAGUACGUCCUCGUCGUUAGCCAAGAAGCGUGCAGCUAGCUUCAGCUUCAGCUCAGGGAAUCUCAGUUUACAGGACGGACAGGAAAUCACCUCAGAUAUCGACAUAUAGAACCAUUCCAACUCUAACCCUUAUGAUGAUACAGUACCGCUUACCGACCCCCUGUGAUAUCCCAUGGAAAACAACAGUUUAGAAAUCAUGUGAGGUAUUAAUAAUGUUUUUCUACUGCAAUCAGAGAAAUAGACUGAAGUCCCGUCAUCAUCGGUAAGGAUAAAAACAGGCACACUGGUCACACUAUUUUGCGUUUUGAACCUAAAAUGCCAAGCUUUGUAAGGUUUUUCGAAAAUUUGUGUAAGCACAAAAGUAAUUCUCACCAAACAAAAUGUAUCUUGCUGCCUCGUUUCACCUUGGUACAUCCCAAAAUCAAUAUUAUUUCUUGAGUGAUAGUGCCCUGUCAUGAUAACAUGUCUAUCAUGGGUUGUACUCGUACUAUUUAUGACACUUUUUUCAGUACAUAUAAAAACAUCAAAUAUAUCGUACGUACGAUACUUAAUGCCUUGAUACUUUGUGUUUAAGCAGCCCUAUAUAAUGGGUGAAUAACUUUGUAGAGAAUAACAUGGGCUUGACAACCAGGGCUGGGAGAAAAGCGCCCUCUAGUGUUGAUAAAUUACAAUGAUGAAAAACCUGUCUCACAUUCCAACUCAUUACAUUCUAUAAAUCAAUGUAACACUGAAACCAAAUAUUACCCAGUAAUAAUAACCAUUCCAAUUCAAUGUGUUCAUCCAAUCAGAAUAGCAGCUGGUACACGUUAUGAAAUAUUUUUCAAAAGAUCCUAUUCACAACGCGCAACGCACAUUAGGGUGUCAAAACGUGCACAAAAGGAAUAGACUCCGCCCACAAAAGGCAGAAAUGGUGGAUGUGCAUUGUUCGGAGGUGCCUGAACACUGUACCAUACAUUUGUGCACGUUUUGACACCAAAGAUGGCUGACAGGAUACACGCGUGUUUGUGCGUUGUGCAUAACUUAUUUCCUGUUUCCGCCAGAACUUCCUUAGCUUCUUGAAAUAUGUGAGACUCUUCAAUACAGUGAAGCGAUAAUACUUCUAAUUGAUGUUAGUUUUGCAUCGGGAUAACAAAAGUUUUUAUUUACCCUUACACUGAUGUUAAAUAAGCA